AUGAACUUUGCUCGGGGGGGCCCGCAGGUGGUGGUGUUGAACGUGGGGGGCACCCGCUACUCCUUCUCGCGGGAGGUGCUGAAGGACUUUCCCCUGCGCCGAGUGAGCCGCUUGCACGGCUGCCUGUCGGAGCAGGACGUGCUGGAGGUGUGCGACGACUACGACCGCGAGCGCAACGAGUACUUCUUCGACCGGCACGCGGAGGCCUUCGGCUUCAUCAUGCUCUAUGUGCGCUACGGCCACCUGCGCUUCGUGCCGCACAUGUGCGAGCUCUCCUUCUACAACGAGAUGAUCUACUGGGGCCUGGAGUGCUCGCACCUCGACUACUGCUGCCAGCGCCGCCUGGACGACCGCAUGUCUGACACCUACACUUUCUACUCGGCCGAAGACCUGCAGGCGGAGCCCGCGGAGGGCUGGAGCAGCAGCACCAGCAGCAGCAGCAAAAGCGGCGGGCGCCACCGGCACCCGAACGCGGGCGAGGACGACCCGGGCGCGAGCGGGGCAGCGCCCCCGCCUGGCAGCGGCGAAAAGAAGUGGCUGGAGAGGAUGCGGAGGACUUUCGAGGAGCCCACCUCCUCCGUGGCCGCCCAGAUCCUGGCCACCGUCUCCAUCCUCUUCGUCAUCGUCUCCAUGGUGGUGCUGUGCGCCAGCACCAUGCCCGAGUGGCGGGCCGCGGAGAACCGAAGCAUGGAGGAGCAGAGCAGGUACACAACAGACUCAAUCAGGGAGCCUUCAGGGAUAAUUGAAGCGAUCUGCAUAGGCUGGUUCACUGCAGAGUGCAUUGUGAGGUUCAUCGUAUCCAAAAACAAGUGUGAGUUUGUCAAGAGACCCCUGAACAUCAUUGACUUGCUGGCAAUAACACCUUACUACAUCUCUGUGCUGAUGACUGUUUUUACAGGGGAGAAUUCUCAGCUCCAGAGGGCUGGAGUCACGUUGAGGGUCCUGAGAAUGAUGCGGAUUUUUUGGGUAAUUAAACUCGCCCGUCACUUCAUCGGCCUGCAGACACUUGGCCUGACUUUAAAGCGAUGCUAUAGGGAGAUGGUGAUGCUGCUCGUCUUUGUUUGUGUCGCCAUGGCAAUCUUCAGUGCACUUGCCCAGCUCCUUGAACAUGGGCUGAAAAUAGGGAAGCCCAAUGAAGGCUAUGCUAGCAUCCCAGCCGCUUGCUGGUGGGUUAUCAUUUCUAUGACCACCGUUGGUUACGGUGACGUUUGUCCCAUCACUAUACCUGGAAGGAUUCUUGGAGGGAUUUGUGUGGUCAGUGGGAUUGUUUUGCUGGCCCUGCCUAUUACUUUCAUCUAUCACAGCUUUGUGCAAUGUUACCAUGAGCUCAAAUUUCGCUCUGCUAGGUACAGCAGGAGCCUCUCUGCUGAAUUCUUAAAUUAA